CUGGUUCAUGUCAACUCAUCUUAACAAUAUUUGCUCGCGAGAAGAUCUCUGCAUCUACACUACUCAUACUCUUUCACCAACAUGCCCUCUAACCCCUCUUUCACGAUCCUCAUAAUCGGCGGAGGAGUCGCAGGCCUUGCUGCAUCCAUCGGCCUCCGCCGUAAGGGACACAGAGUCACAGUCUUAGAAAGCACAUCGACACUCCAGACGCUAGGCGGUAGUCUUUUGAUCCCGCCAAAUGCUGCUCGUGUAUUAAGCCAUUAUGGGCUGUGGGAGAAGUUUAAGGAAGCGGAGACGAUUCCGAAGGGUAACACGACGUAUAGGUAUGAAGAUGGGAGUGUGCUGGAGGAGGUCGACUAUGGUGCUAUGGAGGGAGCGUUUGGAUUCCCUGUGAUGGCAAUUCCCCGCGCAAGAUACCAAAAACUUCUCUACGACGCAGCUAUCGAGCUAGGGGUCCAAGUCCGCCUCUCAAGCCGUGUGAAAAGCCUUGAUGAAAAUGUUCCAUCAGUGAGAUUGACUACCGGAGACGUCAUCAAAGGGGAUAUCAUCAUCGGCGCAGAUGGAAUCAAAUCCACAGUAAGAAGUACUAUACUACGAGACGAUGAUGUACAACCCAUUCCAGAAAGCAUAGCAUAUCAAUGCACCAUCUCCAGAGCCGACAUGAUGAGUGACCCCUUGACGGCACCUCUGAUGGAAGAAGGUUCAAUCCACAGCUGGUACGCUCCCUCCCGACAAAUAAUAAGCGGCUCCGACACAUCCUCCUCAUUCUACCGCCUGACCCUAAUCUUCUACCCCUCCUCCUCUCCUCUCACCUCCUCCUCAGACGAUAUCCUCGCCGCCAACUCCGCAUCUUCCUACCGUCUCGGCUCCACCACGUACCUCCGCGACCUCGUCAGCGAUUUCGAACCUCGUGUGAAGAAAACCAUAGAGCUAGUGAAGCCCGAAGAUUGCUUUCUUUGGAACAUCGCGCAUCUGCCGAAAUUGAAGAGUUGGGUUGGUGAAAGCGGGAGGAUGGUACUUCUAGGUGAUGCUGCGCAUGCUAUGGUCCCGCAUUUAGGCGCUGUACGUCUUGUUCUCUCUCUUCGUCUAUUCCCUCAUACUCUCCUUAUGUUCCCCUUUCAAACCGCAUACUCGAAUCACUGUAUACUCACACCCCACAACCCACCAGGGCGCGGCAACAGCCGUCGAAGACGGCGGCGUCCUCGCCGAAUGCCUUUCCCACCCAUAUGUACACUCCGUAUCAGACAUCCCUCGCGCUCUUCGAAAAUACGAGACCCUCCGCCGGCCAAGAGCAGAGCGUAUCCAGGCCGCUGCUCUGGUUACAGGGCAGUAUAAAGUCAUACCUGAUGGUCCGGCUCAGCGAAAGAGAGAUGAGAAGAUAGCGCAGAGGAUGAAUAGAGGGAAUCCAAAAUAUGAGUAUUGGAAAGCGGGCGGCGGGUUGGAGUGGUUUUAUGGGUAUGAUUUCUUGAUGGAGUCGACGUCGACGAAGGCGCUGAGCGAUCUUUCAUCUACAGUGGAACAGCAAGGGAAGAAGGAUCACAAAUUGUGAUCUAUGAAGAUCUAGAGCUCUGGUUGGU